AUGGCUUCAAUGACUGAAUUAUAUCGUAAUUAUUGGAUUCUGGCUGAUGCUAAGGAGGAGGAUCUGCCCAAAGUAAGGCUAAGACUCCCUUAAAUGUCUAUUUUCUUAGAAAUCUUCUUUGGUCCACCUACCAUAGGUUUUCUAUAUUUUUAUCUCCUGGGUCUUAAUAGAGCUUGAACUUUUAUUAUUUAUUAUAAAGUAGCUAACUAUUGUUUUGUUAGCUACUUAUGCCAAUAACUGUAGCUAAAUCCAAAUUGGAGCUGGAUAUUAAACAUAUUUAAUCAAACAUUGGAAGAAACAGAGAAAGACUAUACACAACUCUAAAACAUUGAAUACAGAACCAAUGAAUGUCCAUGCUGCUAAAUACACUUACUGUAUAGUAGAAAAGCUGCUAUAAUUUAAACAUUUUUGUCCUCACAACUUCCAUCUUCAUGCUGACAUUGUUCCCUGUUUUGUCUCUAAGUUCAUGUUCUUAUCCUUUUUCAGCACAAACUUUCAUAUAAAGCAAUUUUGGAUGGCGCCUGUGGAGGACAAAAGGAAAGGAAGAUAGCAGCCCGAUUGAUCCCCAAGUUCUUUAAGUUCUUCCCAGACCUAUCCGCUGAUGCUUUCUAUCUCCACCUUGAUUUAUGUGAUGACAGACAUAUUUCAGUAAGUAAUCCAAUCAUGGUUAAGUGUGCUUUUCCUAGUUUUAUAAUGUUUGGAACCAAAUAAUUUACUGUAUAUGCUGUGUAUUAACCCCUUAAGGACACAACUUAUGGAAUAAAAGGGAAUCAUGUGUCCUUAAGGGUCCUUAAGGGGUUAAACAAUGUAAUUUCAUAAACAAUGUAAUUUCAUAAUGAAUUCUGUAUAUUGAAACAUGUUUAGUUCUGGGGAAAUUAAAUACAGCUUGCAAAAUUUAGACAAAGUCUAUGGGAUAAGUUUUAUUGCUAAAUUAUGCAGCACAAUUUAGUGUUUUACAAAUAGGUCAUACAAACUGUCCCUUUUAAAGUUCUCCAUCUUAUUUUUGUUUUAUAAUUUUUUCAAAUGGUUGAUACAAUUAAAUACAGGAUUGUUCAACUGACUUUUGCAAGAAAUUCAAAGUGAAUCUCCAAAUUAGUUCAAAUUAGCCAAUUUAGAAAAAUGUUUCAAGUCAAUUCUGUGUUUUAGUCUGCGAUUUGAAAUUGAAUUUGAAUUUACAAAUAAAGGAUUAUAUUUUAUCAAUCUCUUUAUCUCUCAUCUUCUCUUAACAAAUAUUGCAAUGUGUGCACAAGGAAAUAAAUAGUUACAGAUAAGAAAUGCUAAUUGGCUGUUUUUGUCUUUUUUUUUUUUACCAGGUUCGCCAUCAGGCUAUACGAGGACUGUUGCACUUUGCGACAAAUGAAAAUCUGCACAAUUUGGCUGAUGUCCUGGUGCAGUUAUUAAAGACAGGUAUGAUACAAAGACUGCACAAGCUCACCAUUUUAUAAUGAGAUGUGGUCUUUCAGUGACUAGUGAAUUGUGUUGAAACUACAAAUUGUACUGACAAGUUUAUACCAAAAUAGUCAACCUGUAAAAAUACUACAACCACGAUUUGCUGAUUUGGUCUAAUUUUGCAGUUGUUUUUUUAGUACCUAAAAUAAUGAGUAAACCCCUGUAUUUUAUUCUCAUUAAAUAAAUAUUCCAGGCACCAUAAACACUAGAACAUACUGUUGUAUUUAUAGUUCCAGAAGCACAUUAGCACCCCCUUCUACCAUCAUUUUAAGAAUUCAAAUAAUUUGUUUUACUUUUUACCUGGAUCUGACUUGUAUCCAUCACUGUAUUUCCAAACAAAUGUCACUAAGCAGGAACUUCUGUUAGCUCACCUGACCUAAGCAAUGGUGCAAACAUUAUGUUAAAGUAACUAAUAUUUUCUUUCUUUUAGGUGACGUGGCUGAAUUUGACUUGGCAAAUAAUGCUUUGUUGCACAUUUUAAAAAUAGAUGCCAAAGGUAAGCAGAAUCUUUAUAUUUCUAUACAUAUUCAAAUAAAGUGACGAUUCAAAAUUUAUAUAUAUAUAUAUAUAUAUAUAUAUAUAUAUGCCAUUGAGUAAGUUAAGCGAGUUAUUUCAGGGAUUUAAAUAUGUAUUUUGGGAUUCUUUGUGAGUAGUACAUUAUAAUGAAACUCUCAAAAACGUAAAAUGUGUCUAAGGCUUAACUGUUACAUUUUGCAAUUUUUAUUUUGUGUUUCUUUCAGAAUCCUGAAGACAAUGUUAUUAUUAUAUUUUCACAGGCACAUUAAAAGAGAUCAUUCAUCAUAUUUGUAAAGGAAAGAAAAUUGUACGAAAGCGCGCCAUCAAAUUUCUUUCAUUCAAGCUGCCGGAGGAAGUGAUGACGAAAGAAGCCGAAGAAUUAAUUCUGUUUAAUUACGAGAAGGUGAGUUUAAAAAUAUGUUGGUAAAAUAUGAGAUCUAGCAUAAUUCAAUUUCAGUAGACCUUAUCUAAACUAUUUCUGGUCUAAUGUCUACUUACAGAUUUUGAACGUUGUCAGUGGAGAAGAAUUGUAUUUGUUUGUAAAGUUCCUUUCAUCUUUACAUAUAAUGCAAAAUGACAAAGGUAACCAGCUGCUGGUGGAUCUCAUGUUCAAAGAAGCUGAUCUGCAUGAAACUAUAAAUUACGACAGUCUUGAUUCUGCAUACCACCUGAUUAAGUGUGCACAACAGGUCGUCCCUCUCUUUUCGGUAAGUUAUAUGUGCUCCUAUACAUAAUGCAGAGUUGUUAUUAAUUAAUAUAUUUAAUUACUCAUACUGAUUUACACAAUUUUCUUUGUAGGAAAACGUCCACUCCAAUAAAUUUGUGACUCAUUUCUGUGAGAAGAUUAUUCCCAUAUUGGGCUACUUAUACAGUCUAAAGGAUGGCAACGAUGUCCAGCUUGAGGUAUGUAUUGUCUAAUAUCUGGUCAUAACUACUUUUAUAAUUAUUAGUAUUCAGCCUUAUCUGUCAGAACAGUAUAGAUGAGUGCUAGUAUUUUGGGCAUCUAUGUCUAUAUCAGAUUGACCAAACUGGAGCAUGAUUUAAACCUAUUGCUAUGUUAUUGUCUCUGUAGGUGCUGAAACUGUUGGCAGAAAUGAGCAGGUUCUAUGGAGUAAACGAAAAAGUCGAAUACUGUAUGCUUACAGUUUUUGAUACAUUACUGGUAUGUAUGUUUCACCUUUAUAUUUUUUACUACAUGGCCCUCAGAGAUUCUGUAAUAUGCUACCUUUUCCAUAAACACGUGAUGGUGUCAAAGCUCAUGGUUCAUUUUUAGUGAAUUUGCAUCUUUCUGUGUUUUUUUUGUACAGAAUUACUUGCCUCCUCCCCCUGAAGAUACAGACGGCAAUGAAGACAUUCAACUGCAUUUCAGUCGUGUUGAAUGUUUACUCUUUGUAUUGCAACAGCUAGGAAAAAAACUUCCAGACUUUCUCAUCAUGAGAGUGCAUGGAGAUAAACUCGCAGGUUUUAAAAUAAGGUAAGUUGUUCAUUAAUUCUGUCAAUAUAGUGCUAAUGCCACUAUAAUAUGAUUAAAUUCCAGUUUGUAUUUAUACAACAUGGCAAAUGAGGAGCUUACUAACAUCACUCGUCUCUUACAGGUUACAAUACUUUGCCGAAAACCUUCAAGAAUUCAUUCAGCCAUUGCGUCUGGCUUUGGAAGAAAAUUCAGAGGAAUUUAUAAAACCUGAAGAGGUAAAAAUCAUGGUAUUAUAAACUCUGCAUUAUCUGUUUAUUUAGACCAACAUUAUGGCACACACGUCGCAUUCUAACCUGCUUGGUUUACCACUAAGUUAUCUGGAAAUGUCACACUUCUGAACUGCAGGGGUACUAAUGUUAGCCCACAAAUGUUAGCUGCAGUAUGUACGAUAAAUUACAAUUAUUUAAUGUUUUUGGUCUUUUCUAUUAAAUUGUAUUACAAAUAUGCGGUUAGCCUUCUACAAUAUAACACUAACAUAUAAACUACAGGUACUUGAAUAUCUUGCUGCUGCUGACAUAAAGCUACAUAUGGCAUAAGCUCAGCAGUGAUAUUGAAGUUUAUUGAGAUGAGACACUUGGUAAUGCAAAUGGUAUAAUCCAGCCCAGCCUGCCCCUUUACCUGAAUUUUCUUAUAGCAAUCCGAAUGAUUGUUUCUCUUGUUCAGUCUGGUGAAAGUAUAUAUUUGAUCAAGUUUGUAUCUAUCUGUUCUAACAAAAUAGUUUUAUCUGUAUCUUUUGCAGUGGGAAAUCAGAAGAGAGGUCUUAAGAAUGAGCAACAUUGAAACAUUGAUAAAGGUAAGCAUUAGACCCCACUCUAUUUUUAUCUGUUUAAAUGUUCUUAAUUAUUCUUUCAUUACAAAAUUGUCCUUUAUAUGUGACUGCACAAAAAUCUAAAAAAUUUUGUUUUUUAUUUUCUUGUAGGAUUUGACUAGCUUUCCCCCAUCCUAUAAAAGCCAGGUGACACUUUCUUGGACCCCAGAGAUAGAAUCAGAGAUUGGGUAA